UGCGCUUUUUUACACGCAGGCGCGCGCGGACACGCUCACACGCACGCAGCUCUGCUGACCCGCCCGCAGCUGUUUCUCUCCGCGAUAGAUUUCUCCUGGACAUCAGCAGGCCUGUGAUGGUUGGUGCCUUUGGGGAUUUUGCCUGAUUUCUGUUCCCCACCAUGAACUCCUCUCCUGGCCCUGCUGCCGUCCCCUCACCCCCCGUCCUUCAGGUAGCCAGGGCACCGGAGCGGGACGACCCCCACACACACUUUCCUGCCCUGUACUCCUCCUCCCUGGCUGUGGAGCGAGGGGCUGUUUGCAUCCCGUCUCCGUUUGCCGACACUGAGUUUGGACCCGGACCGCUGAACCUCGGACACCCCGUCUCAGAAAGCCCCGGGCUAGGACCCCCCCUCAGCCCCUCGCUGUUCUGGCCCUCACACACCACACACGCCAUCACCCUGCACUGCCCACCACAGCUGAUGUACGGAGAACCACACACACACGCAGCCUGGGCAGAGACCAAACCACACACACCCAGCCGCAGCAGUUCUUUAGUAUCUCAUAUGAAGUUGUUUGGGAAGCAGCUGGAGGACUCUGAUAAAGUCCUGAACUCCUCUUCCUCGGAAACUCUGGCUAAAGCUGACCUGCAUUACUGCGUGGUGUGCAGUGACUACGCCUCAGGCUAUCACUAUGGCGUGUGGUCUUGCGAGGGCUGCAAGGCGUUCUUUAAGAGAAGCAUUCAAGGACACAAUGACUACAUCUGUCCAGCCACCAAUCAGUGCACAAUCGACAAAAACCGCCGCAAGAGCUGCCAGGCCUGCCGGCUACGCAAGUGCUACGAAGUAGGAAUGAUGAAGUGCGGUGUAAGAAGGGAGCGGUGUAGUUAUCGUGGUGCUCGUCACCGCCGGGUUCCGCAGGUCCGGGAAAGCUCUGGAGUGGCCAUGGGGGUCAGAGGUCAUUCUCAGCAACAUCCGCAGCUUCACCAACCCCUCUCUCUCCCCGCCCCUGAGUUAAGAGCGCCCGGUCUCUCCCCCGAGCAGCUGGUUCAGUGCAUGCUGGACGCAGAGCCUCCAGACAUCUACCUGAAACAGGAAAUGAAGAAGCCCUACACGGAGGCCAGUGUGAUGAUGUCACUCACAAACCUUGCAGACAAAGAGCUCGUCGUUAUGAUCAGCUGGGCCAAGAAGAUACCAGGAUUUGUGGAGCUGAACCUGUCCCUGCAGGUGCAGCUGCUGGAGUGCUGCUGGUUGGAGGUGUUGAUGCUGGGUCUCAUGUGGAGGUCUGUAGAUCAUCCGGGAAAUCUCAUCUUCUGCCCAGACCUCAUACUUAGCAGGGAGGAGGGGAGCUGUGUGGAGGGGAUUAUAGAGAUUUUUGAUAUGCUGCUGGCUGGCUCCUCCAGGUUCAGAGAGCUGAAACUGCAAAAGGAGGAGUACGUCUGCCUCAAAGCCCUCAUCCUGCUCAACUCCAAUAUGACGUCCCCGGAGUCAGAUUCGGAGUUGGAGGGCAGGUCUAAGCUGCUGCACCUGCUGGACACAAUGACGAACGCUCUGGUCUGGGCCAUCUCCAGAACAGGCCUGUCCACACAGCAGCAGUCUGCCCGUCUCGCACACCUGCUAAUGCUUCUGUCACACAUACGCCAUCUCAGCAACAAAGGUAUGGAGCAUCUUUCCAGUAUGAAGAGGAAGAACGUGGUUCUGCUGUACGAUCUGAUGCUGGAGAUGCUGGAUGCUAACACACCUAGCAGGAGCCGUAUAUCCGGCGCCCAGUGCACGAGCCCCGGACACGCCCCUCCAAUAGACACACCCCCACACACAAACCCAGCCUCUGAGAACCAGAGUCCAGUGGCCCAUCAGCUCGUUCGGAACGUGGAGGAACAGAACGGCCACGAGUGACACGUCCAACAUCUCAGACCUGACGCACAAAGGAGUACGAACACGUAUCUCCACCAGACGAGGCUACUGAUAAAAACACGAUGUAAAUCAGCUUUGCACUGUUUUCCUAUUUUAUUACACUUUUAUAACAUCCACAUCAGUUUCACACCUUUAGUGCAACCCAAUCCUAAUGCAGGAACUGAGAUUGGCAACGUCAUAUAAUUAAAAUAAAUCUGUAUUAUCAUUUCACAGUUAUUUUAGACAAUUUCUAUAGAAAUUCACACAUUUCUAUAGACAUUUGUGGAAUGCUUCAGAAUUUCAGGAAUUCUGGUGCUGAACAGGUUCUAGUUAAUGACUCUAGAAAAACAUGGACCCCAUGGUUCCAUUGCUUUCCAUUCUAUAUGAAUGAAGCCAAAAGUUUUUAAUGAAAAAAAAUCAUUUAUUUAAUGCUUUUAAAUGUUCUAUAAAACAUCACUGCAACAUCACUUGUGUCUAGGUUUUAAAGUUUAGUUGGGAAUGACAAUUGGAGAUACAGCUCUGGAAAAAAAUAAGAGACCACUUAAAAAUGAUGAGUUUCUUUGAUUUUACCAAAUUAAAAAGCUCUGAAAUAUAAUCAAGAGGAAGAUGGAUGAUCACAAGCCAUCAAACCAAGCUAAACUGCUUGAAUUUUUGCACCAGGAGUGGUAUAAAGUUAUCCAAAAGCAGUGUGUAAGACUGGUGGAGGUGAACAUGCCAAGAUGCAUGACAACUGUGAUUAGAAACCAGGGUUAAUUCACUAAAUAUUGAUUUCUGAACUUUCUGAACUUGUUUUCUUUGCAAUAUUGGAGGUCUGAAAGCUCUGCAUCUUUUUUUUUAUUUUAGCCAUUUCUCAUUUUCCUAUUUUUUCUUUGGAAUUUGGGAGAAAUGUUGUCCAUAAUUAAUCAAAUAAAACAACAAUCAUUUUAGUUCAUUUUGCUCAAACAUAUACCUAUAAAUAGCAGAGAAGCAGAGAAACUGAUUCAGAAACUGAAGUGCUCUCUUAUUUUUUUCCAGAGCUGUACUUUCAUAAAAAAUAUAUAUUUUUUUUUAUUUAAGCAUAAUUGUAUAGUUUCUUUGAAAAAAAUCUUGUUCUUUUACAUCUUGUAAAAUGUAAAAAAAAAAAGUUUAGAAAUGUGUUGCAUUUCACUUAAUUAAUUCACUAAUUCGCUAAAUUAAAACGUAUCAAUAUUAGCACAGACAAAACCAAGAUGAAGAUGAUGAACAAGCAGGGCUGUUUUAUCAUUAAAAUAUAUGGUAAUGGGUGGAGCUACACACACAUCAUACUGCAACCAGACAGCAGAGGCACUAGAGCUGUGGUGACUCACUUAUGAGUGAUGUUGUUUGGUCCAUGCUUUUCUACAGUCAUUUUCUUUCUUUCUUUUUAGUAAUGCAAACACAAGGCAGAAAAGGUUGUUUACAAUCCUGCUUAUGAUUCUAAUAAGCACUAUUUUUAAAAAUACAUAUUAUUGAAAGCAAAUCUCUCUCUCUCUCUCUUUUUUUUUUUUUUUUUUACAUUUGUCCUAUUUGAUAAACUGCAUCUGGACUAGGGCUGCAUAAUAUUUAGAUUUGUAUAUUGGGAUAUUAAAAAUGACAAAAUCUUAAACCAGAUUUGUCCAGAAGUAAAAGAUGUAUUUUGACUAAUGUGACUUGUCUGUGUGCACAUUGUGAUGAUGAUGAUGAUGAAGAAUUAAUAUAUUGUGCAGCCCUAAUAUGGAUGAUAUUAAAACAGUUCCAACAUUUA